GUGCGCGCAGCGCGGGUAGGGGGAAAGGCCAUUGAUGGUCGGUGACAUGAUGUCGGUGUCGUCGCCGGGGUGCGGGGAGGACAUUGAGGAAGAGGCGACUCCCCCGGGCCCGUCUGCAGCAGAAGCCGAAUCUCUGUGCUCCAGCCCCAGGCCGAGUUCGCCGAGGGGGGUCGCGGUGGGGCAUGCCGGCCAGCACGGCACCAAGCAGUCAUCAGACAGGCUGCUGGCUUACAGCGAUGCACUCAUCUCUAUCGUAGCCACAGUCAUGAUUUUGCCUGUGUGUCACACAAAAAUUAGAGCUGAUCAGGAACUGGAAGAAAGUCUGCAGCAGCUACUUACAACCAAGAUAGCUGUGUACAUUAUGACAUUUUUAAUAGUGACUGUAGCUUGGGCUUCACACAUCAGAUUGUUCCAAGUGAUUGAAAGAAUAGAUGAUGUUCUUGCCCUUCUCAACUUGGCAUGUAUGAUGCUCAUAACCUUCCUGCCUUAUACAUUUUCCCUGAUGGCCUCAUUUCCAGAUGACACACUUGGAAUUCUAUCAUUUUGUGUUUGUGCAAUUAUCAUUGGAUUAAUUCAGGCUGUAAUUGUGAUUUAUGGAUUCCACCGACCUUACUUAUUGAAUGCCCAUCUAUGUGCGUCAGAAGAUCAAAUUUCUUAUAAGUACCAAAUUUUAAAGAUGAUUUUACGAGCUCCAGCUCUCUUCCUUUUAGCGGGGAUCUUGUCUUUCAUCUAUUGCCCAGUGGCAUAUGCAGUGCUUGCACUUGUCAUCUUUCUCCCAUACAUUACUCAGUGUACACAGUGGUGUACAAACAAAAUACAGGGUCCAAAAGAACUUCAGAGAGUGCCAUUUUACACAUUUCACCCAAAUGAGCCACUGAGCAAAGAGCGUGUGGAAGCUUUUAGUGAUGGGGUAUUUGCUAUUGUAGCAACGCUUCUUAUUUUAGAUAUAUGUGAGGAUAACGUUCCUGAAAGUAAAGAGGUUGCAGAGAAGUUCAAUGGUAAACUUAUUGAAGCACUUAGUGAAUACGGUCCAGAAUUUUUGGCUUAUUUUGGUUCAUUUGUAACUGUUGGCCUACUCUGGUUUGUUCACCAUUCACUGUUUCUAUACAUCACUAAGUCAACAAGACUGAUGGGGCUCCUGAACACAUUCUCACUGGCUUUCAUUGGUGGACUUCCACUGGCCUUUCGGCUUACCCACGAAUUUGCCGCCAACUCCCGCAAUGAACUGGAGGCCAUUCAAAUCAGUUGUGUUAUAAUUUUUCUUGCAAGUCUCUUUCAGUUUGCAAUAUGGGCUGCAGCACUUUACAAUGAAAAGGAAACCUUACAUCACCAUAUUCGUUAUAGGGGCAAAGAACAUGCAUUUAUGUUUGCCAAGCUCUCACUUUACCCUUCUGUGGCCUUUGUUACAUUCUGUCUUACAUAUGUUUUAAGUAAGUUUAGUACUGAAAUUUUCCAUUUGAUGCAAAUUAUUGUUCCUUUUGCAUUUGUGCUUUUACGAAUCAUUGUCCAAAUUGUUCUGGCUAUUCUGGCAUGGUUAUUCAGUCGAUUAAAAACCAGGACUUCAAUAUUAAAAGAGGAAGAAGAAUCUAUCAUCUCUGUAAGUGAGGUUGCAUCAUAACAGUCCACUUGCUGCUCCAGAGUACCCAGAUUCAGAGCAUGUGGUUUAAAACAUUCAUAUACAUGAAGUUUGUUUGCACUCAUUUCCACAAUUAUUAUGUUUGUGUAGCACUUGUGUAGUCCAUCAUCAAAAGCAAUUAUUGGCUAGAAAUAAAACAUGCUAUUGUAUAAUUCUGUUGUGCGCCAACUUGUACCAAGGAAAUGAUAGAAAGUGACUUUUCUUGGUUAUUAAUAUAAUGUUACAUAUUUUAUUAAUUUUUGUUUACAUUUUGGUGUUUUUAAAGGUUGAAUAAUUUUGUAAUGUAAUUUCAUUAUUAUUAUAGAAGGAAUAUGGCUUAGUAAAAUUUUCAGAAGUGAUUUCUACAUUAUGUAAAGUUUCAAUUUUGUCCCUUUGAUUUAUUUAAAACAGCAACUUAUUCUUAAUUACUAUUCUUCAUUACUUUUUUCAUUAUUGUGUUUUUCUAAAAAAAAAGUACACAAUAUCAUCUAUUAACCCAGAAUGUCAAAUUGUGUAGAAGUCAGUUACUAGGAGUGUUUAUUUGUUUUGUUGAUUGUUUGUUACAUUUCCUUAAGGACUAAACACUCUUAAAAUGAAAAUCCUGUUGACCUAAUGCAAACAAUCAUUCUUUGGCAAGCUAAUAAUCUGUAUUUCACAGAUUAGUCCUUCAUUCCUAAUGCCUGUUUUAAUAUCUGUCGUUCUUUAAAUGGUUGCUCAUUGUUGCUUAAAUGAUGUUAUUGCAGCUGUAAGUAAAACUAAGUAAUCCGUAAAGACAUGGAAAUAAAUGCAGGAUAAACAGUGUAUUUAAUAGCAUCCUUCGAAUAAACACGAAAAAUAUCUUGCACAACAGAAUGAAAUUAUGUAAAAUGCUACAGCAGCUCUUAACCUAACAUUUUUGAAGUGAAGCAAUUGUUAAAAUGUCACAUUAUUCUUUGUAUAUGUUGAACUUUUAAAAUACUUGUCUGCUGAUGCUGGUCGUUCUGAAAGCUGUUAAAAUUUAAACUUACAACAUGUUACUGAUAAUAUACGGUUGUGACAUCUUUAAAUAAAUUCCAUUUGCUUGUGUUA